AUGGCGAACGCCGCAACGGAAAAGGCCAGCUCGGCAGCUGGUGGAAAAGAGCCAAAGGAAAAGCUUGCUCCCGUGCCCAAGCCGAAUGACAAGGAAUUCAAGGACCGCAUCGACGCGGAGACAAAAGCGAUCGACGAGCUGAAGACACAAAUCAACGAACUGCAGCAGCGGAUCACUUCAGUGAUCGGCGGCCGAGAUGAGUACAACCGAAAGAAGCAGGAGAUGCGUGCGAGGCUCGAUGAGCUCCAGGCCCAAAUGGACAAGUACGAGGCGGAGAGAAAGAAGCUGAUCGAAGCGAUCGAUUCCCGACAAAAGGAAGGCUGGGAAAUGAAGCAAAACGUUCAAGACAUGAAGCGCAAACUCGGCUUUUCGACGACAGAGGAAAUCGAUCGGCGCAUUGCAGCUCUGGAGCACUCGAUGAUGACCAGCACGUUGACGCUGAAGGAAGAGAAGAAGCUCCUGGACCAAAUCAAGCAGCUGAAGCACAACAAACCCCUUGUGGGCAAGUUUGCGGGACUCGAAGCCGGCGCCAGCUCUUUCGAGGAAACUUCAGUCUAUCCUCUCCGGGCGAUGCUGGACGAGGCGCGCACGAAGCUGCUGGAGCUGCGGGCGCUGAAGCGCGAAGAGCAGGAGAAGUACUUUGCUCUCGUGAAACAGCGACAGGAGGCGACGGCGCCGGGACGCGAGCUCAUUGAAGAGCGAGACAGACUGUCGAAGCAAAUGAGUGAACACAUGAUGAAGCGACGCGAGAUCCAGGACGAAUACAAAAAGGAGAACUGGAAGUACCAGGCCUUCCUUGCGCAACAGCGCCAGGAAAGAAACGAGAAGAUGAGGGAAGAGCGCGCGCGCCGCCAGGUCGAGCAGGAGCGGGCGAACUUGGAGAGGCAGUUGGAGAUGGUGGACGAGGAACCCGUCGAUGGCGAGUUGGUCCUUCUGACGCAGACUAUCGCCUACGUCCAGAAAAUCAUAGACGAACACCAGACACAAGAUGGAAGCCCCAUCCACGAAGAGAAAAAGACUCCCGAAGCACCGAAGGGAGACGGCGUGGCGCUUCUGCCCAAGAACCAGCGAGAAGAGGAGUACUUUUUCGCUCCGAAGAGCGCGAAGAAGAAGAACGAGAGCUCGAAGAAGUCCAAGCCGAAGAGCAUCAAGCACGACCUGGGGACGCUCCUCUACUUUGAACAGUGCGGGGUCGCAGCGCCUGUGUGCGAGGCGGAUUUGGAGCCGUGCAUGAAGGUUCUGGAGGAGAAGCUGGCGGCGGCAAAGGAGCUUCAGGCGACGAAGGCAGCGCGCGUGGAGGCGCGGAGACAAGAGUUGCAGAAGGAGUUGGACGCGAUCGAUGCACGCAUCGCAGGACGCACUGAGAAGAGAGAGGCAGGCAGCGAGGGCGAGGACGGCGCAGCGGAAGCCGAGGAAGAAGAGUAG